AAUGGCAUUUUUCAGUUCAAAAUGUAAAUUUCCGAACUUGAAUUCAAAACAGCUGAAGUUUAAUUUCAAAUGGUCAUCUCAUUUUGUCACUCAUUUUGUUUUUCAAUAAAAAAAAACACCAAAACUACAUACGAUUUGGUUUCAUUUUUGAUGUUGAGAUUUUUCUAUGAAUUUGAAACAUGGCGAUUUUUUGGCGGGUUUAACGAUUUUUCUCAUGAUUUUUAUUAUUCUUCAGUCCAUCAGAUUAAGUUGUUCUUCAGUCAAAAUGAGUUUUCAAAUUGUUCGAAAUUCUUCUUACUCCAAUCACGAACACCUCUCCUUAAUAAUAAGCAAAAAAAAAUAAUGGCUUCGGCGUACAAAAAAAAGAUUGGUUCAGUGUCUAGUAGUGUGUCUUGAAUGUGUGGAAAGUUUCGAAAUUCCACUAAAAACUUAACAUUUUUUGGAGUCUAAGUGUAUUUUUACUCAAUGUAAUCUAAUUGAUUUAAAAAUGAUUGAGAUUGUGUUUUCAAAUCAUUGAAUAAAGAUCGAGACCAAACAUAUUUUCUAUUUUUCAACACGAAACCACCUCCAAUUCUACCUGAUCCACUUUUCGAUGCAUAUAACCGAAAUACGUAAAUCACGGCAAUCGGCAAACAUCAUCGGCGCUGCUGCGCUGUGUUUACUCAAUGACGUUUCAACAGUCAGUUUGACAAUACCGACCCGAAAUCAUAUGAGAUAAACAAGUGAUGAACAAAUGAAUGUCAAUAAAACCGUGUUGAUGCGAAUACCACGAAAAUUACUUGAAUAAUCAUCGAAAUUCGGCACAAAAUUGUGAGUUCAUUGUUUCAAAUGUUUCAGAUAAAAUGUUCAGUUGCAACAUUCUUGCUCAUAAAUUACCUCUGCGGCAUUGCUGGUGAUUGUGGUUGUAAUAAAUUAAGUCGUUCCAAAUAUGGAAAAAAUGCGGCAAGUUUUGAAAAUGAAAUUUCAAGUGGAUCUUGUGCUAAAUCAGCAAAAUUAUCGGAUGAUGACAUGGUAAAAAUUACCGGAGGUAAUUACAUAGUGGGCACAAAUGAGCCGAUAUUCCAAAGUGAUCGCGAGUCACCGGAACGAACAGUGAGCCUUAAUGAAUUUUACAUCGACAAAUUUGAAGUGUCAAAUGCGGAAUUUACGGAGUUCGUCGAAGCGACAAAGUAUGUGACCUAUGCAGAGAAAUUCGGCGAUAGCUUUGUAUUCCAAGGUCAGUUGUCACAUGAAACUAGGAACGCUUAUAGCAAGAGCCGGGUGGUGAGUGCACCUUGGUGGUAUAAAAUCAAUGGAACCACCUGGAAACAUCCGGAAGGAGUGGGAUCAUCGAUCGAUGACCGAAGGGAUCAUCCCGUCGUUCAUGUUUCGUGGAUCGAUGCCAACGCUUUUUGUGAAUGGAAAGAGAAACGCCUGCCAACCGAAGACGAAUGGGAAGUGGCCUGUCGCGGUGACAAAAAACGUAAACUUUAUCCAUGGGGUAAUAAACUGAAUCCGGGAGAUAAACACUGGUUAAACAUUUGGCAAGGCGAAUUCCCUGAUGGAAACACUGCGGAUGAUGGUUAUUUAUCCACGUGCCCGGUUGAUCGUUUCAAACAAAACGAUUUUGAUCUGUACAAUAUGGUAGGAAAUGUGUGGGAAUGGACCGAGUCAAAAUGGAAUGAGGAUGCCGAUGAAACUGAUUCUGACACAGUAGAAAGAGUGAAAAAAGGCGGCUCAUAUCUUUGUCACAAAUCAUUUUGUUAUCGCUAUCGCUGUGCAGCACGAUCAUCUAAUACGGCUGACAGCUCCGCUGGAAAUCUGGGUUUUCGAUGUGCCAAGAGCUGAAACAUUCCUAACUUUUUGUUAGAAAAAUCUCAUGCAUUGCUUAAAUUGUACAUCAUAAUUCAUUCUCAAAUUAGCUGAAUUCAUCUUCUUCUCCACUAGACCAAUUUUCUUCGACUUUUUAGUUUCAUUGUGAUUCAUUUUCAAUUUGUGAACUUUGGAAUUCCAUUAAAAAUUGUAUCAAUCAACUAGCAAAAAAUGACAUCUCUGCCAAAGUUGAAAUUUUUAAAACAAUUGCUUCCAACUGCGUCAAAGUUCAAAUGUCCAACGUUUUUUUUUUUUUUAAUAAAAGCAAAGUGUAAAAUUUUCAAAGCAAAAUUGAAUCAUUUUCAAAUUCAUUUUGGGUGAUGGAAAUGAGGUUUUUUUUACAUUGAUUAUUGCACAGAAUAAGUGAAUUGUAUAAAAUUAGUCAAAGAAAUAAACUAAGAACAUUAUUAAAUUCGGGAAAUAAAUCAAAUUAACAAACA